AUGGUGGCGACUGCUUGGUGUUGGGGGCUCAGCUAUCUAGUAGGAUGCGGCGUGACGGGCGCUCUGUCGGCGCUGGACAAGGGCUCGCGAUGGACGCUCGCGCCCAAGGGCUUGGGGAAUAAGGCAGGCAGGCAGGCCGGCCAGACAGGCGACGACGACGACGUCAGCGCUUGA